AUGGAGAAUAUGAAGCUCCGAACUCUCCUCCUAUUGCUCUUGAGGGCCCUGGCCCCGAAGGAGAUCUGGGCAGGCUCCCACUCCCUGAGGUAUUUCUACACGGCCGUGUCCCUGCCCGGCCGCGGGGAGCCCCGCUUCAUCUCCAUCGGUUACGUGGACGACACGCAGUUCGUGCGGUUCGACAGCGACGCCCCGAAUCCGUUGGCGCGGUGGUUGGAGCAGGAGGGGACAGAGAACUGGGAAGCUGAGACUCAAAUCUUCGAGGACACCAAACAAAGUUUCAGACUGGGCCUGAACAACCUGCGCAGCUACUACAACCAGAGCGAGGCAGGGUCUCACACCUACCAGUGGUUUUGUGGAUGCGAUGCCGCGCUGGACGGGCGUCUCCUCCGCGGGUACAGUCAGUACGCCUACGACGGCCACGAUUACAUCGCCCUGAACCAGGACCUGCGCUCCUGGACCGCGGCGGACACGGCGGCUCAGAUCACCCAGCAGAAGUGGGAGGCGGCGGGUGUGGCAGAAAUGAACAGAGCCUACCUGGACGGGGCAUGCGUGGAGGGGCUCCUCAGACUCCUGGAGAAGGGGAAGAAGACGCUGCAGCACGCAGACCCUCCAAAAACACAUGUGACCCACCACCCCAUCUCUGACCAUAAGGUCACCCUGAAGUGCUGGGCCCUGGGCUUCUACCCUGCGGAGAUCUCACUGACCUGGCAGCGUGAUGGGGAGGACCAGACCCAGGACAUGGAGCUCGUGGAGACCAGGCCUGCGGGGGACGGGACCUUCCAGAAGUGGGUGGCCCUGGUGGUGUCUCCUGGAGAGGAGCAGAGAUACUCGUGCCACGUGCAGCACGAGGGGCUUCAGGAGCCCCUCACCCUGAAAUGGGAGCCACCUCCUCAGCCCACCGUCCCCAUCUGGGCAUCAUUGUUGGCCUGGUUCUCUUUGUGGUCAUUGGAGCUGUGGUGGCGGGAUUUGUGAUCUGGAGG